AUAUCGUCACAACAAGUCAAUAGCUUCACUAGUUCACCACACUUCCCUACUCCAUAACUACCUCCACCAUGUUGUUCCGUGCUCUACUCCUGAUCUCGCUGGCAGCGAUGGCGGCGCAGGCCUACGACCUGAGCGUGGGGAGCCGCGGCCGGGUGGCCUACUCCGAACACGUACAGCUCGCCUGGAUCCCGCUCACCGUGCGGGAGAAGACCGUCUCCUGGAGCAACCCCAACAACCAGCCCAUCAGGGGUGUGUUCGCCAUCGACCAGCAGCUGGGCUCGAAGGCGCGGCCGUCCAUCUCGGCGGGCGGGCUCGGCUUCCCCUACGUCACGCUGCGCCUCAAGGGCGAGCGCGGGGAGAAACUCGACUACAAAGUCGAAAUCCACGUCUAAUGACGACAUGCGUGUAACAGACUGAAAUUAUUGCGAAUUUGUAAAUGUAAAUAGGUAACUACUUAAGUAACUAAAUAAACAGCAGUGGGUUAAAAAGUAUUAUUUAAAUUAUUUUUACUAUUUAGUUAACUAGGCUAAAUAAAAUUGUUAUUUUAAUUGA